AUGUCUAACCCCGGGGGCCGGAGGAACGGGCCCGUCAAGCUGCGCCUGACAGUACUCUGUGCAAAAAACUUGGUGAAAAAGGAUUUUUUCCGGCUUCCUGAUCCUUUUGCUAAGGUGGUGGUUGAUGGAUCUGGGCAAUGUCAUUCUACAGAUACUGUGAAGAAUACACUCGAUCCAAAAUGGAAUCAGCAUUAUGACCUGUAUAUUGGAAAGUCUGAUUCAGUAACGAUCAGUGUAUGGAAUCACAAGAAGAUCCAUAAAAAACAAGGUGCUGGAUUUCUCGGUUGUGUUCGUCUUCUUUCCAAUGCCAUCAACCGCCUCAAAGACACUGGCUAUCAGAGGUUGGAUCUUUGCAAACUUGGGCCAAAUGACAAUGAUACAGUUAGAGGACAGAUAGUAGUAAGCCUUCAGUCCAGAGACCGAAUAGGCACAGGAGGACAAGUGGUGGACUGCAGUCGUUUGUUUGAUAAUGAUUUACCAGAUGGCUGGGAAGAAAGGCGAACUGCCUCUGGAAGAAUCCAGUACCUAAACCACAUAACAAGAACUACGCAAUGGGAACGCCCAACACGACCGGCAUCUGAAUAUUCUAGUCCCGGCAGACCUCUUAGCUGCUUUGUUGAUGAGAACACUCCAAUUAGUGGAACAAAUGGUGCAACGUGUGGACAGUCUUCAGAUCCCAGACUGGCAGAGAGAAGAGUCAGGUCACAACGACAUAGAAAUUACAUGAGCAGGACACAUUUACAUACUCCUCCAGACCUACCAGAAGGCUAUGAACAGAGGACAACGCAACAAGGGCAGGUGUAUUUCUUACAUACUCAGACUGGCGUGAGCACGUGGCAUGAUCCAAGAGUGCCUCGGGAUCUUAGCAACAUCAAUUGUGAAGAGCUUGGUCCGUUGCCUCCUGGAUGGGAGAUCCGGAAUACAGCAACAGGCAGAGUUUAUUUCGUUGACCAUAACAACAGAACAACACAGUUUACAGAUCCUCGGCUCUCCGCUAACUUGCAUUUAGUUUUAAAUCGGCAGAACCAAUUGAAAGACCAGCAACAGCAGGUGGUGUCGUUGUGCCCUGAUGACACAGAGUGUCUGACAGUCCCACGGUACAAGCGAGACCUAGUUCAGAAACUAAAGAUUCUGCGGCAGGAACUUUCCCAGCAACAGCCUCAGGCUGGCCAUUGCCGCAUUGAGGUUUCCAGGGAAGAGAUUUUUGAGGAAUCAUAUCGACAAGUCAUGAAAAUGAGACCAAAAGAUCUCUGGAAGCGGUUAAUGAUAAAAUUUCGUGGAGAAGAAGGCCUUGACUACGGAGGGGUUGCCAGGGAGUGGUUAUAUCUCUUGUCACAUGAAAUGCUGAAUCCUUAUUAUGGCCUCUUCCAGUAUUCAAGAGAUGAUAUCUAUACAUUGCAGAUCAAUCCUGAUUCUGCAGUUAAUCCGGAGCAUUUGUCCUAUUUCCACUUUGUGGGACGAAUAAUGGGAAUGGCCGUGUUUCAUGGACAUUACAUUGACGGCGGUUUCACGCUGCCGUUCUAUAAACAGUUGCUUGGGAAGUCCAUCACUUUGGAUGACAUGGAGUUAGUUGACCCAGAUCUUCAUAACAGUUUAGUGUGGAUACUCGAGAAUGAUAUCACAGGUGUUUUGGACCAUACCUUCUGUGUCGAACAUAAUGCCUAUGGUGAAAUCAUUCAGCACGAACUUAAGCCAAAUGGCAAGAGUAUCCCUGUUACUGAAGAAAAUAAAAAAGAAUAUGUCAGGCUUUACGUGAACUGGAGAUUUUUACGAGGCAUUGAGGCGCAAUUCCUGGCCCUGCAGAAAGGAUUUAAUGAAGUAAUUCCACAGCAUCUGCUGAAGACAUUUGAUGAGAAGGAGUUAGAGCUCAUUAUUUGUGGACUUGGAAAGAUAGAUGUUAAUGACUGGAAGGUAAACACCCGGUUAAAACACUGUACUCCAGACAGCAAUGUUGUCAAGUGGUUCUGGAAGGCUGUGGAGUUCUUCGAUGAAGAACGACGAGCACGGUUGCUUCAGUUUGUGACCGGCUCGUCACGAGUGCCUCUGCAGGGCUUCAAGGCUUUACAAGGUGCCGCAGGUCCACGGCUUUUCACCAUACACCAGAUCGAUGCUUGCACUAACAACCUGCCCAAAGCCCACACUUGCUUCAAUCGAAUAGACAUUCCGCCCUAUGAAAGCUAUGAAAAGUUAUAUGAAAAGCUGCUAACAGCCAUAGAAGAAACGUGUGGAUUUGCUGUGGAAUGA